AUGGAGAAGAGUCCGGAGAAUGAACCAGACGGCAAUGUGCAAGUUCAAAAAUCUUUCGGAAAAAAAGUUUUAAUUUUUAUGAUCAUAUUUGGCCUCGCAUACUUAUUAGGCUAUAUUCACUACAAAUAUGUCUCUCAUCUCUUCGAAAACGACAGGAACUUCCUGUUUCUAUCAGAUUUGGAGCGAGAGAUGUCAUUUCGUACAGAAAUGGGUUUCUAUUAUUCAUACUACAAAGUGGUUGUUGAAGAGAGACCAUUCCUUGCGGGAAUAUAUAAGAUUAUAUUUGAUAGAUUAGUCGAAUAUCCUAAAGAUGUAAAUGCUUUUAAUAGGUUUAAUAUUAUUCCUGAGAUAAUUAUAGGUUCGGUGUACAGAUAUUUGGAGCCGUGGUUGAACAAUACUCAAUACAAGGAGUGUCAUAUGGUCGAGCGGGGACCGGGACACAGUCCUGUGGAGAGUUGUAUAGGUAUAGGAAAGCCGGUGUUCUUCUACUUGGAAGCGAUAUGGUGGCUUUCAGGUCUCACAGUGGCAGCUUUGUUCCUACACGCAACAGUACUUAGUCAGAGUAUUUUAGGCGGUAUUCUAGCGGUUAUACAGUAUUUUGCGAAUCACGCCGAGUGUACAAGGGUACAGUGGGCGCCAAAUGAGAGGGAGAAUUUGGCCAUGCCUCUGCUACUGCUACAGUCUUGGCUCAUAACCCUGAGGCUAACGGAGACCAGCAAGAACAAGCUCCUGAAAAUCGAAGUAGUAUCGUUCUUCGUCAACAUACUGUGCCUACUGUUCUGGCAGUUCACUCAGUUUAUAUUCCUGACGCAGCUAGCCAUAUUUUUUAUAAUGGAACAAUUGAAAAUUAUAGACAUCAAAACAUUUUCAGUGUUCCUCUAUUCGCACUUCUGCAGCUUACACACAGCUGUUCUAUUUUUACAAGGGAACGAUAUGCUAAAAUGCUCCCUGUAUACGACGUUUCUGAUAACAGUAUCGAUUUAUUGCUUGUUUUUAAGUUAUCUGAGGAUAAAAAUUCGAAAUAAAUUCGAUCUCUUCGUUGAAUCUUGGCUUAUUAUCCUCCGUAUAUUGCUAGCCGUAUCUCUAUCGUGGUAUCUCAAGAAAUUAUUGAGUGAAUAUCUUGAAAUCGAAGAGGAUAGCCACGUCUGGGACAUAUUGUACUCAAAGUUCACAAAUUAUAAGACAUUCCAUACAUUGAUAUACACUUGCUCGGAGGUGUUUGACUUUUUGAAGAUAUCGUCGGUCAUAAAUAUGACGAGGAGCCUCUUGAUACCGUUCGUUCUGAUAAGUUGUGUUAAUGUGGUCUGCCACUGGCAUAGAGAUAGCUUGAAUAGAUGUAAAGUUAGAGUUUCAAGGAGUACGGAGAAAGAGAAUGAUGAGAAUGGUACGGACAACUCCGUGACCGUUCCAGAAGAGAAGAAACGUGAUACGAUUCUUCUGUAUUUGAAGAAUUUGAGAAUUGAAUCGGCCGUUUUCUAUAGUAUAUCGCAAAUGGUCGUGUAUGGAGUUAUGGCGGCGCUCGUUAUGAGGUUGAAACUUCUGUUCUCGACUCAGAUGUGUCUUGUGUCGUCUUUGAUUGUUAACAAGAAAUAUUAUUUGUUACCAAAAUCCUUUAAUAAGUACGUACCAAUUCUCUGGGCGAUCGCCAUCGUGCCGGUACUUAGCGAACUCUCUAAAAAUAUCAACAAGGAAAUGUCUCAUAUAGGUGAAUUCAACGACUACCCCCAGGAGCAGUUGUUGUUAUGGAUAUCCAAGGAGGCGAACGGAGCGUUCGCGGGUUCGAUGCCCAUCUCGGCCACUAUCAUGUUAUCUACGAGGAGGCCUAUUGUAGCUCAUCCCCACUAUGAGCAUUUAGAAGCUAGAAAACGCGCCUAUUCAGUGUACAAAAUGUAUGGAAAGUUCUCGUUGAACGAUUUCUAUGAAGAAAUAAAUCAAUUGAGAGCGACGUAUCUCAUAGUUGAGACGAAAUAUUGCUACGGGAAAAGCAAAAAAGGUUGUUCCUUCGAAAGCAUAUGGGACAUAGAAGAGCCAGCGCUGAAAUCGAACCCAAAACUGUGUCACACACUCCUCACUGAGCCAGUGGAUCAUUUUUAUCCAGUUUUUCGAAACGAUCACUAUGCAGUCUUCCGUUUGCACGACUUUAGUAUCCAAUACAUGCCGCGAACUUUUGACACCUGACAUUUCGAUGAAGUUUAACUUAACAACGCAGAGACUGAAAACGAUUAAAAUAUUUAGAAAAAAAAAAUUAAUUAAAAUCACUAUUAAAUUUGUAUGAAAUAUCAAAGGCCCCCUUGUCAAGGGGGCCUGGGGCCUAAGGUCUUGCAUUCUAGAAAUUAAUUGUUUUAUUUUAUAAUAUAUAUAUAUAAGUUUCAAGGUACACUAUAAAUACUUGAUUAUGUGGAACGUAUAAUACCUUAAAUAUAUAAAGGUUCAACUAAAUAGAAUAAAAAGGGUAUAUUGUGUACAUAUAUAUAUUAGGUAGGAUUAUAUAAUUGAGGCGAGCAAAGCGAGGGGGGGGGGGGGGGUGCGUGUGUGAUUUUUAAUAUACAGCGGGAUAUAUCCUGCUCAAAAUAUGGA